CCUGCGCCCUCCGCGCCCUCCGCUCCCGCCCUCCCCGGCGGACCCCGCGCCGCCACCUCUCGCCGCCCCUCCCCCGCCCCUUCCGUUUCUGGGGCGGCAGCUCCAGGCCCCGCACCCGCGGAGGCAGCGGGUUUCCUCCGCGCCCUCGCCGCCGGCUCCCCCUCCCGCCCCAGCAGGCGGCGCUCCGGACGCGGACGCAGGUGGGCGCCCCUCACCCGCUGGGCGGCGGCCCGGGCCCAGCCAUGUCUGCGAUCCUGCGGGAGCUGCUCCGCGUCUCCGAGAAGGCGGCCCACAUCGCCCGCGCCUGCCGGCAGCACGACGCCCUCUUCCAGCUGCUCAUCGAGGAGAAGAAGGGCGGGGACAAGAACAAGAAGUUCGCCGUGGACUUCAAGACCCUGGCCGACGUGCUGGUGCAGGAGGUCAUCAGGCGGCACCUGGAGAGCAAGUUUCCAGGCUUGGAGGAAAAAAUUUCUGGAGAAGAGUCCAAUGAGUUUACUAAUGCUCUGGGAGAAACGAUCGUCUUGAGACUGUGCCCGACGGAGGCGGAGACGGCCGAGCUGCUGAGCAAAGUCCUGAACGGGAACCAGCGGGCGGCCGGGGCACUGGCCAAGGUCGUUCAUGAGGACGUGGCCUUCGCCGACCCGGCCCUGGAUUCGGUCCAGGUCGCCAUUCCACAGGACACUCUGGGGAUCUGGGUGGACCCCAUAGAUUCCACGCAUCAGUACAUCCAGGGCUCGGCCGACGUGGAACCCAGCCACGGCGUCUUCCCCCGGGGCCUCCCGUGCGUCACCAUCCUCAUCGGCGCCUACGACCUGCACACGGGGCUGCCCCUGAUGGGCGUCAUCAACCAGCCUUUCGUGGCGCAGGACCCCGCCACCGGCAGGUGGGAAGGACGGCGCUACUGGGGCCUCUCCUACAUGGGGACCAGCGUCCACUCCCUUCUGCCCCCCGUCUCCGAGCCGCAGACUGGCCACCCCGGCUCCCCGGCCGAGGACACGGGCCCCCAGGCCGCGGGCGCCCCCCGGUUCUCCGCCGUCAUCAGCUCCAGCGAACAGGAGACGGUGCGGGCGGCGCUGGCCCGGGUCUGCGGGGGCCGCGUGCUCCAGGCCGCGGGGGCCGGGUACAAGGGCCUGUGCGUGGUCCAGGGCCUCGUGGACGUGUACGUCUUCUCCUACGACACCACCUUCAAGUGGGACUCGUGCGCGCCCCACGCCAUCCUGCGGGCCAUGGGCGGCGGCAUGGUGGACUUCCAGGGCUGCCUGGCCCGGGGCCCCGCGUCGGGGCGCGAGUGGCCGCAGCUGCUGUACCACGUGGGCAACGAGGGCGCCAGCGGCGUGGACCACUGGGCCAACAGGGGCGGCCUCAUCGCCUACAGGUCGCGCCAGCAGCUGGAGGCAUUCCUGGGCCUCCUCGCCCAGCACCUGGCGCCUGCGGACGCACCUGCCCCUGCGGACGCGCGGGCAUAGACGCCUCUCCCGGCCGUAGAAGCCCAGCUGUGCCCCGGGCCCCACGUCUCUGUCGCGGGAAGAUAGCUUUGCCUCUGGGGGGUCAACACGCGCCUCCCUCCCUGGAGGAGUGUUCUCCACUCUGUUCAUAGAGAUGCUAAUUUCUGUAAAUAAACCAGUCGAGCAGCA